AUGUCUAAGGUCAUUGAUUACGUUCAAGAGAACCUUCACAAUAUUGAUUUCUUCAUCUUUGUUAGAAAUUUCAAAUACCAAAAAACAGAAGAAAAUUCGGCAUGGAACCAUUAUUUGAGCGCCUUGGUAAAAUUGUCUGCUUCUCCUGACAGAAAAAUUAGUACUUAUGCCAAAAGGAGGAAAGAAGAAGCCAUGUCAUUGAAAUUGCGUAAGGGACAACUUGAGGAUUUCUGGUUAAAUGUUGAAAUCGAGAACGCCCAGGCUUCUUUUGAAGCAGGCAUGCGCUGUGUUCAGCUAAAGAACCAAGUUGUUGAUGCCGAAAGACAUCAUCGUCAAUUUAGCAGGUUCUCGAAAUGUAGUCCAAUUGUUAGUGCCACAGAAGAGAACAGCAUAUCACCCACAAAAAAGAAUUUGAAUUUGAAUGAGGAAAUAGAUAAUUUCUUUCAAAGUUAUCCUGAACAAAAAUCAACUAAGAAACGAAGCAAUGAACAAGGUUCAAGCGAAGCGGACAACGAGAAAGACAAGGACGAUCCUGAAGCACAAGACUCUAUUUCUAUAUCUGAAGAGGACGAUGAUUUGGAUUACACAUUUAUAUCUAAGCAAGAUGACGAUUCAGAUUACGAACCAAGUGAUGUUGAGGAUCCUCCACCUUUGCUGACAUCCUCGCAGUUCAAGUGUUUUGAUGAAUCCUACGCAAAAAUGAAAAAGACUCAAAAGUGGAUUCUAUCAUCUGGGACGUGUGUUGAGGAUGUUAUUUUCGAGUAUUGUAAAGAAUUAUCAGCCGAAUCACUCCUACAUUCGUGGAUCAUAGAUUUGGAUGAUCAGGAGGCAGAGAACCUAUUUACAAAUGAAGAAUGGUUGGAAAUACGCAGUGAAAUCAGAAAGUUACCAAAGGUUGACGAAACCUUUGUUAAUUCAAUGUUGCGAUUUGCCAAUGUCAAAACAACGGGUGAGCUAAGAAACGUCUUAGAAACAACAUCUUACCGAAACUUGGAUGAGCCAUAUGAACGAGAGAAUCACUAUGAUGCAGAAUGGGUAGAUAUAGUAAUGAGGAAAUACCUUACAGAUUACGAAGAUCCCAAUGGAACGCUACAUAGGUCGCAUCUUGAAUCUUGGCACGACAUUAAUGUAUGGUCGCUAAUAAUCGAUCAUGGACUCAGAAACUUAAUUGGAAUAGAGACUGUCAGAAAGGAGUCUUCAAGUGAGGCAGUAUCCGCAAGAAAAAAUCGAAAAAGGGUACGUAGACGUCGCAAGAAUAUAGAACGUAAGAAGAUGGGGUCUCGUAUGGAUGGAAUAUUCAGAGCGUACGUCAAUGAUGUUGAAUAUGGAGUGAUUGAAGUAGCUAAGAAAUUUGAUGAAACCAAAUUAUUUACUGACGGAUAUAAACUGA